AACGGAAUUGUCAAUUUAUUAAUGAAGCAUGGCUUGUGUUGAACAAGACAAGCUGGGUGAAGCAUUUGAAGAUGCUUUUGAGGUACUGAGGCAACAUUCAGCUGGAGAUCUUCAGUACUCCCCAGAUUACAAAAACUACCUGACUUUCAUCAACCACUGUUCUCAUGUCAGAGGAAAUCCCAACUGCUAUGGUGUGUUGCCUGCAGAGGAACCUGUGUACAACUGGAGAACAGUAAUAAACAGUGCUGCAGACCUCUAUUUUGAAGGGAAUAUUCACCAAUCUCUGCAGAACAUCCCUGAAAACCAACUGGUACAACCUGCUGUUCUCCAGCAAAAGGGAGGAAAAGGCAGGAAGAAGCUCCGACUGUUCGAAUACCUUCACGAAUCCUUGUGUAAUCCCGAGAUGGCAUCUUGUAUUCAGUGGGUAGAUAAAACCAAAGGCAUCUUUCAGUUUGUAUCAAAAAACAAAAAAAAACUUGCCCAACUUUGGGGAAAAAGAAAAGGCAACCGGAAGACUAUGACUUACCAGAAAAUGGCCAGAGCACUGAGAAAUUAUAGAAGAACAGGGGAAAUCACCAAAAUCCGGAGAAAACUAAUUUACCAAUUCAGUGAGGCCAUUCUCCAAAGACUCUCUCCAUCUUAUUUAUUGGAAAAAGAGAUCUUCUACUCACAGUGCUGAUUUUUAAAGGACAGUGCCAAUUAUUUCACAGCCCUGGAAUCUCUCCUUUAAUCGUCAGAUGUUGUAAAUAUAUAAUGGACCCUGCAUAUUCCCAUGCUCACAUGGAUAAAACAUUAGUAAAGAACUUUACUCAAACAUCAUCAAAACCUGUUCCCCAAAGAGCUGGAAUGACUUGUACAUUCAUAUAACCUUAUAUUUAGAUACUUCGGUUCACCUAUUUUUCUCUAACUCAUAUAAUCUGGGUGGAAUUUGAUUUUGUUUUG